GUACUGUAGAAUAUGAUCUGAAUUUACGUGGACCAGUUUUGCAUUUGAUUCAAUAGUGAAUUAUGUGACAAUGAUUUACAAGCGCCUAGGAAUUUUGUAAGAGAUCCAUUCUGAUAAAUGUAGGCGACUGCAUUUUCAUACAUACUAAAUGUUACCUUAAUUCUUCUACAAAUAUAAAUAGAAAGCAGUGCCUAGAUAAUCUGUAUACAAAAUGGCAAAUACAGGAGUUUUACCGUUUGUCCGUGGGGUGGAUUUCAGCAGUAAUGACUUUAGCCUUGGCAAAUUUCCUGAAUCCGUGCGUUUGAUGACUGGGAUACAAUGGCUUAAAUUGGAUAAGACAAACUUGACAGAGAUUCCAGAGGAGAUGGGAAAACUAUUAAAAUUGGAACAUCUGUCUCUAGUCAAGAAUAAAUUAGAGCGUCUUUACGGAGAAAUAACUGACCUUGGAUGUCUUAGAACUCUGAAUAUACGUCACAAUAAUGUUAAAGCAAGUGGAGUGCCAUCGGAUCUCUUUUACUUAGAGGAAUUGACUACUUUAGAUAUGAGUCACAAUAACCUAAUGGAAGUGCCGGAAGGGCUGGAGAAAGCUCGAUCAUUACUAAAUCUUAAUUUGAGUCACAAUCACAUCGAAACAGUUCCAAAUACUUUGUUCAUUCACUUGACGGACUUACUUUUUUUGGAUCUCAGUAACAAUCAAUUAGAAACGCUACCACCCCAGACGCGGAGAUUAGGAAAUUUACAAACGUUAAAUUUGAACCAUAAUCCAUUAGGCCAUUUCCAGCUAAGGCAAUUGCCGUCAUUGAUGAAUCUUACUACACUGAACAUGCGCAACACACAACGUACUUUGAGCAAUAUUCCAUCCAGUUUAGAGAGCUUAACUAAUUUACAAGAGCUCGAUCUAUCGCAAAAUGCGCUUCCACGAGUUCCAGAUGCAAUUUAUUCGCUAGUCAAUUUGCGACGUCUAAAUAUCAGUGAUAACCAAAUUACCGAACUUUCAGCUGCGAUUGACUUAUGGCAAAAACUGGAAACACUUAACGUGUGUCGAAAUAAAUUGACGGCUUUACCAUCUUCCCUGUGUAAGAUAUUAACGUUGAGACGAUUGUACCUCAAUGACAAUGAACUAGAUUUCGAGGGAAUUCCUUCUGGCAUAGGAAAAUUGUCAUCUCUUCAAGUAUUUUCUGCUGCUAAAAAUCGCUUAGAAAUGAUCCCAGAAGGAUUGUGCAGUAGAUGCGGAUCGUUAAAACAGUUAAUCUUGACAUCGAAUCGAUUGGUGACGGUCCCGGAUGCCAUUCAUUUAUUAACAGACUUGGAACAGCUGGAUUUAAGAGAUAAUCCAAACUUAGUCAUGCCUCCAAAGCCAACGGAGGUGCAAAGGGGAUCAGGAGUCGAAUUUUAUAAUAUAGACUUCUCUUUGCAACAUCAACUACGGCUUGCUGGUGCAAAUGUACCAGCGCCGAUUCAGACUGCUAAUAGCAGUAAAGAUCCAAUUGCUCGUAAAAUGAGACUGAGACGACGACGAGAUCAAGAAGAAGCGGAUCAAGAUCAAGCUAAAAUUCUUAAGGGCAUGAAAGACAUCGCCAAAGAGAAAAAUAAAGAUAAAGCAUCCGUGGAUGUUAAAGUCGAGUCGUUAAAGCCGAAAAGAUGGGACGAAACUCUUGAAAAACCUCCUCUCGAUUACUCCGAGUUUUUCGACGAGGAAGCUGGACAAGUACCAGGCCUCUCGAUUUGGGAGAUAGAAAACUUUUUGCCAAAUCGAAUCGAAGAAGUCGCCCAUGGGAAGUUUUAUGAAGGAGAUUGCUACAUAGUUCUGAAGACUGGAGUGGACGACGGUGGCUCUCUCAUUUGGGCAAUUUAUUUUUGGAUUGGAGAAAAAGCUACGCUAGAUAAACGAGCUUGUGCUGCGAUACACUCGGUUAACUUACGCAAUUACCUCGGAGCCCAAUGUCGGACAAUAAGGGAAGAACAAGGAGAUGAAUCGGACGAAUUUCUUAUGCUCUUCGAUUCAAACAUUACGUACAUCGAAGGUGGACGUACUUCUUCUGGAUUUUACACCGUAGAAGACACACCCGCUGUUACAAGAUUGUAUCGAGUUCACACAGCAGGUGCUUCGAUUCAUUUGGAACCUGUGUCGAUAUGUCUCGAGUCCUUGGAUCCUUGUUACGUAUUCGUUCUGGACACUGGUGGUAACAUAUACAUAUGGCAUGGAAAGACAGCAAGAAACACCUUAAAGUCUAAAGCUAGAUUAAUGGCGGAGAAGAUUAACAAGAACGAGAGAAAAAACAAAGCAAGUAUCUUGACCGAGCUGAUGGGUUUGGAGUCGGAGGAUUUCUGGAAAUACUUGGGACUGUCCGAACGGCCUGAGUCGACUUCCAUUGUCGAACACGUUGACGUUAAUUUUACACCAAUUACGCCGCGACUGUAUCAAGUAAAACUUGGCAUGGGAUAUCUGGAAUUACCGCAGGUGGAAGUACCCCAUGGGAAAUUAGUUAACACUUUGUUGAACAGUCGGAACGUAUACAUUCUAGAUUGCUAUUUAGACGUGUAUGUUUGGUUUGGGAAGAAGUCGACAAGGCUGGUACGUGCUGCAGCGGUUAAACUUUCUCAAGAACUGUUCAGUAUGAUUAAAAGACCUGUCUACGCAAUGGUGACCAGACUUCAAGAAGGAGCGGAAUCCCAGAUCUUCAAAUCAAAGUUUACUGGCUGGGAUGAAGUCAUUGCUGUUGAUUUUACUAGAACAGCUGAAUCUGUUGCGAAGACAGGUGUUGAUCUAGCAAAGUGGGCGAAACAACAGGAAACUAAGGUUGACCUCACCGCACUGUUUAUGCCCCGACAACCUUCGAUGUCACCUACCGAAGCCCAACAAUUGAUGGCUGAAUGGAACGAUGACUUAGAAGCAAUGGAAGCUUUCGUGCUGGAAGGAAGGAAAUUCGUUCGGCUGCCAGAAGAAGAAUUGGGGCACUUUUAUAGCGGAGACUGCUACGUGUUCUUGUGUCGAUACUGGGUGCCUCUGGACGUAGUAGAAAAUGAAGAUGGCGAUGAACAGUAUGAAGAUGACUUUCAGUGUAUGGUGUAUUUCUGGCAAGGCAGAGACGCAGGGAACAUGGGCUGGCUUACGUUUACCUUCAGUCUGCAGAAAAAGUUCAAAGCUCUGUUCGGUGAGAAGCUGGAAGUGGUGAGGACUCAUCAACAGCAGGAAAAUCUGAAAUUCAUGGCACACUUUAAGAGAAAGUUCAUCAUACAUCAAGGCAAGCGUAAGCAGAUUAAAUCUGCCAGUAACAACCAAGUAGAAUUUUAUCAUUUACGAAGCAACGGGAGUGCUUUGUGUACCAGACUAAUUCAAAUCCGGCCCGACGCCAGUUUGUUAAGUUCUGCGUUUUGCUAUAUUUUAAAUGUUCCCUUCAACAACGACGAUGAGACGGGGAUUAUUUACGUAUGGAUCGGAGCGAAAGCUGACAUCGAGGAAGUCAAAUUGGCAGAAGAAAUAGCAGAAGAAAUGUUUAACAAUCCUUGGAUUAGUUUACAAAUAUUAAACGAAGGUGAGGAACCUGACAAUUUCUUCUGGGUCGGACUUGGUGGGAAAAAACCUUACGAUUGCGAUGCAGAGUUCAUGAACUAUACUAGAUUGUUCAGGUGUUCCAAUGAAAAAGGAUACUUUACCAUUAGUGAAAAGUGUACUGAUUUUUGUCAGGAUGAUCUAGCUGACGAAGAUAUAAUGAUACUCGACAAUGGAGAACAGGUAUUUUUGUGGUUAGGUACACGCUGUUCAGAAGUGGAAAUUAAACUAGCCUACAAAUCUGCUCAGGUGUACAUACAGCAUUUACGAGUGAAGCAACCUGAAAAGCCUCGUAAGUUAUUUUUAACAGCCAGAGGGAAAGAGUCCCGUCGGUUUACCAAAUGUUUCCAUGGUUGGGGACUACAUAAACAAUCACCAGAAUGAAUUUUGGCCCCAAACUGAGGAUUCAUUUCUCAUGACGCUGCAAGUAACUUGUUAUUUACAACUUGAAACUGUUUAAUACAUGUAUACAUGGAAAUGAUUGGCUCUGACAUACGUUUCAAGAUUCUCGCAUCAAAGCGUGAUGAAAGUUAUUGCGGAACUUUGCGUCUUUGCCACUUAACUUUUAACCACGUAUCCAUGUAUAUAUCUAUCACGAACCUUUCACUUGUACGUUUUUAUACGGCUUCUACUAAAUUAUCACAAAUUUAUAAUAACUGUAUAUAAAUCUUAUAGUUUAAAAUACGAUGAACUUUCAUCGUAGAUACCGUACAACUAAUGCCCUGUUAAUACUAGUGUCUAAUUAUUUAUAUGUAUAAAUGAUUGCCAAUUAAAAUGUGAUCCUUUACAGGUAUCUUUAAAAUUUGAGUUUUCUUUGAAACAUAAUUUUAUCGUGGAUUGUGUAAAUAUCGGUUACAAAAAUGAAUGCGAAUGGGCGAUUCAAAUUCCGCGCUGCUCAUGCCGCUAGUACGCGGCGCGGCCGGAG